AUGAAUGCAAUUUUGUACGAAUUUGCAAAUGCUACAGAAGCCCUGGCCCCUGGAAUGGGCAACCACACCAUUGAGGAAAAAUGGACUGAAGACGUUCCCCUUGGGUUGGGGAUACUUUGCACUAUUUACGUGACUUAUGCCGCCAUCAUUUCGGUGGGUCUCCUCGGGAACCUGAUCCUGAUCAAAGUCUUCUUCAAGAUCAAAUCCAUGCAGACGGUGCCCAACAUUUUCAUCACCAGCCUGGCGUUUGGAGAUGUGAUCCUCCUGUUGACCUGCGUGCCGGUGGACGCAGCAUGUUACAUGGUGGAGACCUGGCUUUUUGGGAGGAUUGGUUGCAAGCUACUCUCCUUUAUCCAGCGGACGUCGGUCGGGGUUUCGGUCUUCACUCUGACAGUGCUCAGCGCGGACAGGUACAAAGCCAUUGUGAAACCUUUGGAACUGCAAAGGGCUGAUGCAGUCCUGAAGACCUGUUUCAAGGCAACUUGCGUUUGGAUCAUCUCCAUGCUGCUGGCUGUCCCAGAGGCUGUGUCCUCGGAUCUGUAUGCCUUCCAUCUUCCGGAGAAAAAUGGCUCCUUCGAAACCUGUGCGCCUUACCCAGUGUCUGAAAGGAUCUUGCAAGAAGCCCAUUCUCUGGUUUGCUUCUUGAUAUUCUACAUUGUACCCCUGGCGAUUAUCUCCAUUUACUAUUUCCUUAUUGCCAAAACGCUAUACAAGAGUACGUCCAACAUGCCAGCUGAGGACCAAGGCCAUGCUCGAAAGCAGAUUGAGUCUCGCAAGAGAGUUGCCAAAACCGUGCUGGUCUUAGUUGGGUUGUUUGCCUUCUGUUGGCUUCCCAACCACCUCCUCUAUCUGUAUCGCUCAUUCACUUACCAUGCUUCCAUCGACACUUCUGCUUUGCACCUCGUGGCCACUAUCUUCUCCAGGGCUUUGGCCUUCAGCAAUUCUUGCGUCAACCCCUUUGCGCUCUACUGGCUGAGCAAAAGCUUCCGCCAACAUUUUAAGAAGGAAGUCUUCUGCUGCAAACGCAAGGCCCCGGCCACACGCCGUCCGAGCAUCACCCAAAAUUACAGUGCCAGCAGGGCCAUGUCCGUCACGGGUUCAGAAAUCAGUGUCACUUUGCUCACGGACUACAGCAUCACAAAAGAAGAGGAGAGUGUUUAA